AGCUUACGUUGUACAUUGAUAAAUAAGAAGACAUGCUUUCCGUCCUCACAUUGCUUUUGAUAUUAUUCAGUCUAAAUGAGGCCAAACAGAAAGAUUUGUACACUUUCAAAGUUGUUAAUAGCAGAGGGAGAUUAGUCUCUUUGGAAAAAUACAGGGGUUCGGUGUCUCUUGUGGUGAAUGUGGCCAGUGACUGUGGCUUCACUGAGGAUCACUACACGGACCUGCAACAGCUGCAGAGGGACUUUGGGCCGUCCCACUUCAACGUCCUGGCCUUCCCCUGCAACCAGUUUGGCCAGCAGGAGCCUGGCAGCGACAAGGACAUUGACGCAUUUGUCCGGCGUGUCUAUGGAGUCUCCUUCCCCCUCUUCAGCAAGAUUGCUGUGGUGGGCACCGGGGCCAACAAUGCCUUCAAGUACCUUGUGGAGAUGUCAGGAAAAGAGCCUGACUGGAACUUCUGGAAGUACCUCAUCGAUACAGAUGGGAAAGUCGUGGAUGCCUGGGGGCCCAGUGUCUCUGUCAAAGAACUCCGACCUAAAAUAGCUGAAAUGGUACGGAAUAUCAUCCUCAAGAAGAAAGAGGAACUUUAACUCAACACCUCAAGACCAUUCUGACAAUCUAUUCAGGAGUAUCCUAUGUGAUUGAAAUCCACUGUCUGCAACAAAAACACCCUGAGCAUCACAAAAAUACGCUC